AUGACCUCCCCUUCCCUCCCCAUGCCCUCUCUCCCCCCCAGUCCUCUGGCCAUGGAAUACCUGAAUGACUUUGACCUCCUCAAGUUUGAGGUGAAAUCUGACACUCCCCCACUCCCUCCUCCAUGUUCAUAUCCCAAAUCUGGCCUGCCCCACGACCCAUCCAGCUCUCCGUACACCAGCCACCCUCCGCAGGACUCCAGCUUGAGCUCCAGCCCUUACAACUCGCUGCCACCCUCGCCGACGCUCAGCGACGCCCACCCGCCUCCUUCGGGCUCUUCCUCCCUCUCUUCGUCAUCCUCCUCCAUCUCCUUCCCCCUCUCCAUCUCCAACAGCUUCACCUCCGGCAUCAGCUCUGGCUCUCAGGGGAAUGUGGAGGGCAGCCCAGCCCACGGCGGGCCUCAGGGUCCCACCCCAGCUUCACUGGAGGACCUGAUCUGGUUGGCAGCGCUGCAGCAACAGUUUGGAGGAGAGGUGACGGGCCCUGCCACUCUGCUGGGAGCCUUGGGAGGGGUACCUGAGAGAGGGGACAGAGAGAGGGGGCCGGUAAAUGGCUUUCUGGGCUGUGAGGAUGCAGUGGAGGCUUUGCUGAACUCAGCUGCUGCAGCUGUCAGCUCACAGUUCCCAGGUCUUUCUCAGAGUUCGAGCAGCAACCUGGGCGACUCCAGCAGCGACAGUGGAGGCGACAUCUCCUGCACCAAGGGGACAGACAUGUGCCAUCGCCCGCUCGUCUUCCUCUCAUCGGGCCCUCCCUCGCUCCCCAACGCCGCCUCCGCCUCGGCUCCCUACCCGCAGCCCCUCAGCCCCCAGGGCCGCCUUCAUCACCACCAGCAUCACCAUCAUCAGCACCACCCGCAUCACCCCAUGCACGGCAGCCAUCACCAUCAUCACCACCCACAAGUUAAUCAGUGCGGGGUGAACGAGCGCUUCUCUGAUGAGCAGCUGGUGAGCCUUUCAGUGCGCGAGCUCAACCGACACCUGCGGGGAGUGAGUAAGGAUGAGGUGGUGCGCUUGAAGCAGAAGCGCCGCACGCUAAAGAACCGCGGCUAUGCCCAGUCCUGCCGCUACAAGCGCUUACAGCACCGCCACGCUCUGGAGUCGGAGAAACAUGUGCUCACGCAACAGUUGGAACAGCUACAGUGUGAGCUGACUCGGGUGCUGAGGGAGAGAGACGCCUACAAGGCUCGCUAUGAGAAGCUCCUCAGCACGAACCACGGCACCAGCGGCGACGCCCCACCGACCCGCACCAGCAACCCACCUUCCCCGCCCCCUGACUACUUCCUCUGA